AUUUCUAUACCACAAGCAGUAACCCCGAGCUACACUCGGGCUUACCAUGCGGCGCUGCUCUGGGGGUCCCUGCAGCACUUACCUUGUCCUUCGUUCCCACGAUGUGUCCCCUGCAGCGUCCCCGGCCAUCUCCUCCGGCCGAUGCCGGCAUCCGGCUUCUGUGUUCCGGUCCCCGUGACGUCGGGACGUACGGGCGCCGCCGGCGGCGGGAAAUUUAAAAAAUUUUAAAAAUGUCAUUUUUUUUUUUUCAAUUUUAAAUAUGCUUUGUCCUGUGCCCUGCCUGCAUUUUGUCUGUUCUUUCUG